CUUUGGUUGUGCUUUUUUUGCAUUUAAUUAACACCAUGAUGAAAGGGGACGAUUCAGAGGAAGUGGAUAUAGAUUUGGGGGACUCCAGUGACCCUGAAGACUUUGAAAAUGGGGAGCAACGUGAGACACUGUGGAAGGCCUCUCCUGCUAUGGAAGAGGAGGAAAACAUUCACACGUCUACACUAGUGGAAAUCAGUGAUACCAAGCCUCUGAUUAAUGCAAGAGACCCCCGAGGUAUCAAUGACUGCCUUAAGGUGACGUUUGAGGAUGUUAUAGCUGAGCCGGUAUCAGUGCGGAGCGGUGACAGAGUAUGGAUCUGGAGCCAUGCCCUGUUCGAGGUGUCUAGGAUUUGGAUUUACCGGAUAGUCACAGUAUUUUUGGCCAUUCCUGUGUCAAUAAUCUCUGGACUCCUGUUCGCCAUCCUCAGCUGUCUUCAUAUCUGGUUGGUUAGUCCCUGCAUCCAGUGUCUCCUUAUUGGCACUCGCUGGCUGCAGAGCCUAUGGAGCAUUGUCCUUGGUGUCAUUGUACAGCCUUUUCUCACAAGUGCUGGAAAAUGUUGUGGUGGCUUCAGCAUUCACCUGGCCAAAGAAUGAGACUCACACGUGAGAAGCACUUCAAGACUGCAAAUGCUCAUUGACAUGGACAAGUGCACUUACUGUUAUGUGGUCACGUGGACCCAAACGAAGCAGGCAUUUAAAAAAAAUAAUUUAUCCAAAAUGUAACACCCAUUAUUUAUAGCUAUUAUUAAAGUCCGAUAGUAUCUGCUGAGACUUGAAGUAAAA